CCAAUUGCAGAGGCGCUUGUGUAUACGCCCUUCUCAUCUGAAGUGUAAAGGACUACUGGUUGAUAUCGCCAACACAUACAUACUCAUUCACCUAAACCUAACCGGCCGGAGAGGAGAUCUUUGUGCCGCGGAGCCAGCAUGACCGUCGGCGGCGAGGCCACGGCCACGGGGCACGGGCAGACGGUGUGCGUGACCGGCGCCGGCGGCUACAUCGGGUCGUGGAUCGUCAAGCUCCUGCUCGCGAAGGGGUACGCCGUGCGAGGCACCGUCAGGAACCCAGAUGACGCGAAGAACGCGCACCUGAGGGGCCUCGCCGGCGCGGCAGAGCGGCUGGUGCUGUGCAAGGCCGACCUGCUCGACGGCGACGCGCUGCGCGCCGCCAUCGCUGGCUGCCAUGGCGUCUUUCACACCGCCUCGCCGGUUACCGACGAUCCAGAGGAGAUGGUGGAGCCGGCGGUGAGGGGCACGAGCUACGUCAUCGACGCCGCGGCGGAGUCCGGCACGGUCCGCCGCGUCGUGCUGACGUCGUCCAUCGGCGCCGUCGCCAUGGACCCCAACCGCGCCCCGGACGCUGUCGUUGACGAGUCCUGCUGGAGCGACCUCGAGUUCUGCAAGAAGACCAAGAACUGGUAUUGCUACGGGAAGACGGUGGCGGAGCGGGAGGCGUGGGAGGCGGCGGCGGCGCGCGGGGUGGACCUGGUGGUGGUGAACCCGGUGCUGGUGCAGGGUCCGGCGCUACAACCGGCGGUGAACGCCAGCCUCACGCACGUGCUCAAGUACCUGGACGGCUCCGCUAAGACGUACGCCAACGCCGUGCAGGCGUACGUGCACGUCCACGACACCGCCGCCGCGCACGUCCUCGUCUUUGAGGCCCCCGCCGCCGCCGGGCGCUACCUCUGCGUCGCCGACGGCGCGGUGCUCCACCGGGAGGACGUCGUCACCAUCCUCCGCAAGUUCUUCCCCGAGUACCCCAUCCCCAGCAGGUGCUCUGACUCGGUGAACCCGAGGAAGCAGCCGUACAAGAUGUCGAACAAGCGGCUCCGUGAGCUGGGCCUCGAGUUCACGCCGGUGGCGCAGUGCCUCUACGACACCGUGGUCAGCUUCCAGGAGAAGGGAAUCCUCCCGGCCCCUCCUGCUUCGGCACAGCCGGCGAUGAAAGAGAUCAACUGAGAGAGGAGUAGUAGUCUUUUUAGUAACUCACAAGCAUUUUUUUUUUUUGACGAAAAUGCUGCUGUGCAGCUUUUCAUUGAAUAUGAGAGAGGAAAGACAACGUCUGUUAGUUACAAAAUUUGCAAGAAAUGUGCAUCACCGCAUACCGUAUCCUAAUGUCUAGUCUGGUUCUAGAGGUCUAUGCAGCAGGUUGUUGAUCUUGUUACGGCCGGCUAUCGUCCAAGUGUCGAUGUCUUCAAUCAGGCGGUGGAAGACCUGCAUCCCCGUCGAGAACUUGUUAUCAAAGAUCCGCGCAUUUCGCUCUUUC